AGCCAUAAGCCAAGGUCAAUUGUUAGCUCUGAGACAAAAUAUCCAUAGGUUGAUCAUACAAUAGGAUCAUUGCAAAAGAAAAGAAAGAAUGCAGUUUUUUGGAGGAUCCGAGCUCAGUCCAUCGCCGCCGACACCGACGGGGACGGGGACGGAAAACAAUUCCCACAUGAUCUACAUAUUCAAUCGGAAUGGAGUGUGCUUGCUUUACAGGGAGUGGAUUCGCCCCCUCCACACUCUCAACUUUCAACAAGAUCACAAGCUCAUGUUCGGUCUCCUGUUCUCGCUCAAAUCCCUUGCUGCAAAAAUGGAUCCCACCUGCGCCGACAAAGGAAAUUUAGGGGUCCCUCAAUUGCCAGGUCAAGGUUGUUCUUUUCAUAGCUUCCGUACUAAUACCUACAAACUUAAUUUCAUGGAAACUCCUUCUGGUAUUAAGUUUAUAUUGGUCACUAAUCCUGGGACUGGUGAUCUUCGUGAAACACUCAAGUAUAUUUAUAACUUGUAUGUUGAGUAUGUUGCCAAUAACCCACUCUAUACCCCUGGAACUCCAAUCAGGAAUAGAAGCAAUAACACAAGGCACCAUACAUUCCCAUCUCUCUUCUAGGUUUUCAAGCUUUUAAAGCUCAUUCUAUGGUAGGCAAGAUCAAAUAUUUGUCUCUCUGUGCCAUCUUAAAUAGAGUCUGACCAAAUGAUGAUCCCUUCAAAUGAUUCGAACUCGAGACAAACAUCUUUCUAUACGGUGGGUUUAAGGUCCCACAUUAAGCCACUUGAAUGAUUGUCAAAUUCGAACCUUUGAAAUUUCGCUAAACAUGU